GCUCAGCGCUUCCCCUGCAGCAUGUCUUGGAGAGCUUCCAGUGCAGCCAAGAAGAUGACCACCUGUCCUACGGGGAGACGGGAAAGCCGGUGCCUCCUUUCGGCUGCACCUUUUCUACAGCCCCAAAUUUGGAGCACGUCCUGGCAGUUGCAAAUGAAGAAGGGUUUGUCAGACUGUAUGAUACUGAAGCACAGACCACCAGCAAGCUCAUCAUUAAGGGUGAAUGUUGUAUAGAAGAAUGGCAGGCUCACUCAAAUGCUGUAUUUGACCUUGCCUGGGUGCCAGGGGAACACAGGAUUGUCACUGCUUCAGGAGAUCAGACAGCCAAGGUGUGGGAUGUGCGAUCUGGCGAGCUUCUUGGCAUAUGCAAAGGUCACCAGUGCAGCCUCAAGUCAGUUGCCUUUUCUAGAUUUGAGAAAGCUGUUUUCUGUACUGGAGGAAGAGAUGGAAACAUCAUGGUUUGGGAUACCAGGUGCAACAAGAAAGAUGGCUUUUACAGGCAGGUGAAUCAAAUCAAUGGAGCACACAACGUGGCUGACAGGCAGACUCCUUCCAAACUAAAGAAGAGGCAGAACCUGAGAGGACUUGCUCCCUUGGUGGAUUUCCAGCAGAGUGUAACUGUGGUGCUGCUUCAGGACGAGCAUACUCUUAUCUCUGCAGGAGCUGUUGAUGGUGUGAUCAAAGUGUGGGACUUGCGCAGGAACUACACUGCUUUCCGUCAGGACCCGCUGCCCGUCAGGUCCUUCUGCUACCCUGGAACCAGCACUCGCAAGCUUGGAUAUUCUAGCCUGGUUUUGGAUUCCACUGGUACCAAUCUGUUUGCUAACUGCACUGAUGACAAUAUCUACAUGUUCAAUAUGACAAGUUUAAGGACCACUCCAGUGGCAGUUUUCAGUGGACACCAGAAUUCGACCUUUUACGUCAAAUCCAGCACCAGCCCAGAUGACCAGUUCCUGGUCAGUGGCUCGAGUGACUGCAACACGUACAUCUGGAAGGUUUCUGAGCCCAGCCUUCCUCCAUGGAUGCUCCUUGGUCACUCUCAGGAAGUUACCUCCAUUGCUUGGUGUCCUUCAGACUUCACUAAGAUUGCCACAUGCUCUGAUGACAACACUGUGAGGAUUUGGCGUUUACAACGUUGUCCUAAGGAAGAGAAAUCAGUAUCAAGGAAAGCCAACUUGGUGGGCUGGGUGGUUCAGAAGAAACCAGAAGAGCAACAUGGAGCAGGGCCACCAGCCAGCCCACACAGCACUCCUGCCAAGGCCCUGGCAGCGGGCAGUGUGUGCAUUUCCCCACCACAGCCUGCUGCCUGUUCUCCCACUCACUCUGGAGACCGUCCACUGCCCACCAACACGCCGACUGCCGCUCUCAAAACGCCGACCAGCAGAGCCUCCACCCCAGCCAAGCCACCUGGAACCAGCCCCUCUGCAUCCCCCAAGCUGAUCCCUUCCUCCAAAAUGUCCAUCAAACACUGGGUUACAAAGACUCCGUGCUCUUCUCCUCCAGAAGUGGAGAAAAAGGCUCCUUCUCCUAGAAAAGCCCUGGCAGAAGUCACUCAAGUCACCCAGGGUCUCCUGGAAGCUGCUUGCCCUCCUCAAGUCCCACAAUCUGAAAAGUGUGCCAAGAGAAGGCUUGACUGCAGCAAGGAGGCUGAUGCAGGGCAGAAGUGUCUGCAGGACUGUAGCUGCGUGACUGAGCUGGACCAUGCAGCUAAGAAAUCCAAGCUGAAUUUAUGUCACUUGGUUGCAGACCAAAAAGUUUCUGAUGAAGACGCUCUCAGCCUGGCUGACUUGUGUAACGACCAUGAAGGCUCCAGCCACGGCCCAAAAGAGCCGUCCCUUUCUGGAACCCCUACUAAUCCAUCAGGCACUCAAACUUCCCCUGAUCUUUUCAGAUCUCCACGUGGGAAAGACCCUGAAGUAGUAGAUAAAGAGAACAGUUCUCCUGAAAGAAAAAAUUGGUUGUCCGCUCUGGGAGAGAAGUUACAGACUGGCACAGCUGGCAGCCAGAGCACAUCAGACAGACCCCUGUCAUCCUGCAGUCCUGGUACCAAAAGAAAGGACUCUGUGGCAGUGGCCACUUCACCGAAAACUCACUUCCGCCAGAUACAACCUGGGCAAACCACUGGUCCUGAAAUUAUUCAUAGCAGCUGGACCCUUCACGUUGUAGUUGUACCAAGAAAGCUUGGUUAUAGGAAACCUACAACUACUUGUGACUACUUGUGCUUUAUGCUGCUGCAGCUACUUCAGUUUCCAUGAGGAAGAUCUGCACAUACUUCACCAGAAAGCCACAGAAUGACUGAAACAGCGUGUGGUGCUUACACCUGAGGAACGUUGACACCAGGGUAUCAAGACCAGACUUAACAAUGCCAACAACAAUGCACCAGGAUUACACAAUUUGUUGUCAGACCUUCAUAGAGUCGAGGUUUUAGUCUUCCCAUUGUUAAAGCUGUUUCAGUUGAAGUGAGUUGAGUGUGUAAAAUCUACACAAUACUUCCUCAUGGUCUCGUUCUGAGAGGAUUGUGGUUCUCGUUAGGGUUGUGGUUUUUCAUAAACAAAGUAUUUUCUACAUGGCAACUGUUCUGGUCCAAGGACAGACUCAGCUCUGCUAUGUAUUGUUGACAGGCACGUAUAGGUUGUCAGUUUAUGUUACUAAAUCUGUUCAAACUGUUACUAAAGCUGUUCAAACUACACUACUCCUGCUGGUUCUCAUUUUUCCCUCUGAGUUAUGUAUGGCUCAGACUACAAGAAAUAAAUGUGUUGUCCUUCAAAGAGCAGCUUUACCCAUAAUGAACUGGUCUUCAUCUGCACUCCAUAAAAUGCCAAAUACAAUGCAAAGCAUGGGUUGAGGGGAAAGCAAACAUGAAAGAGUUGAUAUGUAAUUUCUUCUAAAAUUACUCAAACAUUUCAUGACAGUUGUUUUAUAGAAUAAUGCAUUGUUGAUAUCAGGACAGCAUGAACCCUGAAGAAAAAAAGCAAAAUUG